AUGUCACGGAUGAGGGCUGAAUCUCCUCAACCCAUCACGCUGCAGCCGAUACUUCGAACGCCGAGCAAGCGACGACGACAGGACCGGGGUUCCGAUGGUGACAGUAAGCCAGUAAGCGGAUCGCCAGUAAAGAAGGCCAGGACACCGAGGAGGGUACCGGCAAUACCGUCCCUAGAAGAGCUGGACGCGGCCAACCGCGAGCAAGAGAAAGAAUGGGAAGCUGAAUGGUAUGCCUGGGUGGUUUGCCAUCUAUGGCGCAAAGACAAGAAUUUCAGACAUCCUCGCGGCACACACACAAUAUAUUGGAGGAACGCUAUGAAUUCCUUCUCCGUUAAAGAAGGAGAGUUGGACACUCUCCCGUACCAGGAACUUCCAAAUCAAUAUAAUCGAAGCAAUCCCAUACGUUCAUACAAGCGCGAAGAUGUUCGGGUCUUGGCCUGUCGUAAGCAUGCCAUGCUGGCGGGGCUGCACAAGCAUGGCCUAUCAGAAAGAGAAUUACUGAGGAGAGGAGAAAUCCUUGCAAAGAAAAGACAGCUCACUCGUUGUGAGGAGCACCCCGAUUCCAAAGCUCUAGUCCCACCGACGCCCAUCACAUCUACUCCAACAAGUCCUUCGUUCCCUGUACCGACAACGCAUCCCGACACAUGGCAGACGCCAAUCUGGCAGGGAGAUCGCAUUGUGGGCAGCCAAACUACGAUACAAUCCGAUCCGGAGGAAGAAGAAGAUAUUUGCGAUUAUCAUGAGUGGGAACAUCAAACCCAUAGUUAA